GGACGUCAUUCGAACUUUUGGUUAGCAACCGCUAUCACUUUUUAAUGUUUGGUUUCUGACGAUUACGGCAUGACGUAUGGUUAUUAUUAAUUUAUUUAUAAUUUUUCAAAUGUAACUUAAAUACGAUAAACAAACGAUAUCGCGUCAAAGAGUCCAAUCGAAAUUAUCAGAAAAAGAAGAAUAAUGAUUUAUAACUUCAAAUUGAUGCCGCAAAAUGGAUAAAAAAAUAUCGAUAGAAUUAUUCCAAAACAAUAUUGAAGAAAUCAUAAAAAUUUCCAACAAAUUAUUUGACAGUUGGAAAUUGAUUUCGGUAGAAUCGGGUACAGAAAAUAACAAAUUCAUUGUAAAAAAGCAGGUAGUUGUUUUAACACAUCCCGAAGAACCUGAUAAAAAAUUGAUAACAAAUUUCGAAUAUCACAUUGCGUUUAGUAUUAGUUAUGGUGUACCUGUACUCUGUUUUAACAUAUGGAAACAAAGCGGUUCGAUGUUAUCAUUGGAAGAAUAUUGGCGCUACAACGUCAGAUUUAACGAAUGUAAUAUGUAUGAAACUAUAACGCAAAUUGAUCACCCUGUACUUAAUCAACCGUUUUUUACUUUACAUCCUUGUAAAACUCAAGAAAUUCUAGAACCAUUAAUGGAAAAAAGUAAGAAUCCAGUUAUUUCAUGGUUAAGUGUCGUAGCGCCUUUUGUGCAACUAGAAUUACUCGACGACUAUAUAAAAAUAUGCUAAUUUUUAAUAUAAAUCGAAUAAAUACGUUAUUUAAAGUAAAAAUAAAU